CAGGAUGCCGAGCGUGCUGUGGAGCUGCCUGCCCGUGGUGCUGGGGCUGCUGCUCUGGCACCCCGCCGGCGCCAGCGGCCCGUGCUGGGAGAGCAGCAAAUGCCAGGACCUCACCAGCGAGGCCGGCAUUUUGGCGUGCGCCGCGGCGUGCAGGGCCGACCUGUCGGCGGAGGCGCCCGUCUACCCGGGGAACGGGCACCUCCAGCCCCUCUCCGAGAGCAUCCGCAAGUACGUGAUGAGCCACUUUCGUUGGAACAAGUUCGGCCGGAGGAACAGCAGCAGCGGCGGCGGGGGGCACAAACGGGAGGAGGAGGCGGGGGGCAACCCACCGCCCCCCCCCCCCCCCCCCCCCCCGCCCCGCCGCGAGGAAGAGCAGGGAACCGGGCUGGAGCGGGAGGAAGGCAAACGUUCCUACUCCAUGGAGCACUUUCGCUGGGGAAAGCCGGUGGGACGCAAGAGGAGACCCAUCAAGGUCUACCCCAACGGGGUGGAGGAGGAAUCAGCCGAGAGCUACCCGCUGGAAUUCAGGCGGGAGCUGGUGCUCAGCAGCACCGGGGCACCGCCCGAGGAGGAAGAGGAGGAGGAGGAAGGCCAGGAGGAGGAGAAGAAAGCCGGCAGCUCCUACCGCAUGCGCCAUUUCCGCUGGCAGGCGCCGGUGAAGGACAAGCGCUACGGGGGCUUCAUGACCUCGGAGCACAGCCAGACCCCUCUAGUGACUCUCUUCAAAAACGCCAUCAUCAAAAGCGCCUACAAGAAGGGGCAGUGA